AUGAGCUACACCGUAGGCCAGGUGAGCAUCGAGAAAGCUUCGCGCUCCUCCGCCCCGCGGGUGCGACUCACCUGCGAGGCCUGUCGUCAGCGCAAGGUGCGAUGUGACAAGCUGAGCCCCUGUACAAGCUGCCAGCGUCUCGGUCUUGUCUGCGUUCCCGUUGAGCGUGCACGGCUUCCAAGGGGGCGGACGCGAAAACCCGCUGAGCGGGUCGGGGGCUCGGACAAGGAAUUGUCUGAGCGGGUCGCGAAACUUGAGGCCCUCUUGAGAAAGGUUGCGACUGAGCGUGAUGGGAGCGCGAAUCCUACGGCUACUGAGGCUUCACAUGCUUCGGCUGAGGUCAGGACGGUUGAUCCCGAUGGGGCCGAUCACAGUGAAAUUCCCAGUCCGAAUAUCCCACAUCGACCUCGUCCGUCGACUACUUAUAUGGGAAUCUCUUUUUGGGAGGAUAUUAUACAACAGACACAAGAAUUGCGCACAGUUUUGGACGACCGACUAGAACAUGAUAAUAGCGAUAUCAAGGACUCCACGGGUUUUGGAUUGUCUCUUGUGAGCUCGGAGAGUCCAGAGGGCUCAUCAAACUCGCCUCAUGCUAACCGAGGAGUCUCUCUACAACCUCACAUCCGGCAAAGGUUGUGCGAGAUCUAUCUAGCAAAUGUGGAUCCUGUGUUCAAAGUAAUACAUAGACCAACCCUACGAGACUUUUUAAAGGACGACAAGCCAUACCUGGAUUAUGAGCCAGAUCAUCAGGCGCCGGCGACUCUUGCAUCAGCGGUGUAUCUUGCCGCCGUGUGUACCAUUGACGAUGCGGAAUGUCAGUCGUUGUUCAAUGCUGACAAACGAACCGUGAUUGCAGAGUUUCAGAAAGAAACUGAAGGAGCUUUGGCAAAGGCAGAUUUUGUCACCACGAAUGAUCUCGCUGUUUUGCAAGCAUACGUCAUCUCACUACUCGCCGCACGAUCUCAGGAUCAAAGCCGAAGAGUUUGGACGAUGCUAAGUAUGGCACUCAGAGUGGCGCAAGCACUAUCACUUCAUCUUGUCGAGCCACCAUUCUACGUUACACCCUUUGAACAAGAAAUGCGCAACCGUGUCUGGCUAGGAAUCGGCAUCCUUGACAUAGCCGCCUCUCUAGACCGAGCAUCUGAGCCAAUGAUGCAAGCAAUGUGGAUCGACUCUCACCCACCCUCAAACAUCAACGACGAAGACAUCUGGUUCGGCAUGCCAGGACCAGUUCCACAGCAUCCACCGGGCACAUUCACAGACAUGACCCACUCCCUAGUGAUAGCCUCAUCCUCAUCAGUCACCAGAUCACUCGCAUUCGCAGACUUCAUUGAACCAAAGGCCGUGGAACUAAUGGGCCAACGCCAACAAGCAGUCCAUAACUACCAACAAACAGUCGCAACCCUCCUCAGCGGUUGCAGACCCGAGCAAUCCGACUUCCAAUGGUACGCACAGAAAUUAGCCGGCGUGAUGAGCAGCUGGCUGCAACUAGCCUGCCUACGACCCCUCUACAAAAGCAAAACCUUCACACCACCCAAGAUCCACGGCGACGCCCUCCUCAAGCUAGCAGCCGAAAACCUCCAAACAUCCCAAGAAGCAUACAGCUACCCAGGCGCCGCGCGAUGGCGCUGGUUUGGCUCAAUGUGGGUCCCAUGGCACGCAUUAGCAGUAGCAAUCGCCGAGCUAUGCGUCUGCAAAGACCCAUCAAUAAUGUCCCAAUACUGGUCUGUCGUCAACGAAGUCUACCAACGAUCCCGAUAUGUCAUCGCCGAUUCACAACAAGGCAUGCUCUGGAAACCAAUGGAGCGACUCAUGACACAAGCCCAAACACGACGGAAAGAACUCCAAGAACAAGAGUCGGCCAGCCAAGCAAUGUCUCGCUUCUCAUUCAAUGAACUCGCUACCGGAUACAUGCCCCAACAACCACAAGCAAUACCCCAGUCUGUACCGCCACCGAAUAUGCUCGGUAUGGACGCAGCUAUUAAUCCACAGACGGGAAUGCACAUGGCUGCGCCUCCGAUCACGUUUGAGAAUAUGCCCUGGGCGAAUGUCUGGGAAGCGAUGGAUUUCAAUGAUACAACCUUCGUCCCACCGAAUGACAAUGCUUGGCUGAGUUAUGAGAAUUUCAUUGAGAAUGUUUACGAAAGCGCUGAUUCUAUAUUUUUACCGCGAUGA